AUGGUUAAUGCAAUCAAAGGAGUGUUCAUCUCCUGCGAUAUUCCGAUGGCUCAGUUCAUAGUGAACAUGAACAAUUCGAUGCCUUCUUCUCAGAAAUUCAUAAUCCAUAUACUUGAUAGUACUCACUUGUUUGUCCAGCCACAUGUUGAGGGGAUGAUUCGCAGCGCCGUUGCCGAGUUUAGAGAUCAAAACUCUUACGAGAAGCCUGCUUAA